GUGCUGGAACCAAGCCCUCCGCCGCGCUCCGGGCGUACGUACGGUACGGGUGCCGAAUUGGCGCUAGCUAGUAGCCGAUCGAUCCGGCCUGCUGGAGCAGUCGAGGAUGUCGAACCGGUAGGCCUACGAGAAUUCGAGAAAAUGGCUGACAUUUGCACCCUGGAACACGCGACAUUGAAGGUUCCUUAUGAGAACCUGAACAAGAAUUUCAGGAACUGUCAGAAGGUCAUCGAUAGAGAAGUUGCACAUGUUAUGCAGGUUACUAAUGACUUGGAGAAAUGUCUAGAUGGGAAAGAACCUACUGUCGGGUCUGUAGUAACCCUUCUUGAUUCAGUUGUGGACAAGCUGUCGGUCCUUAAGAGAAAGGCUGCGGAGGCUAUAGCACUGGAGGAAGAGAGCGCCCAGGCCUGUAAGAAACGACUUGCCCACCUAAAGGAACAUGAUACCACAACGGGUAGUUCCCUCUCACAAUGGAAGAAGAAGAGGAUAGAUAGAAUGUUGGUUGAAUACUUCCUCAGGGCAGGGUACUAUGAGACUGCUGUAAAGCUAGCAAGACAUUCUCAAAUUGAGGAUCUGACAAAUAUAGACCUGUUUCUAGUUUCUAAAGAAGUUGAAGAAUCUCUAAUCAGACGGGAAACAGCGCCUUGUUUACAAUGGUGUCAUAACAACAAAACCAAGCUAAGAAGAAUAAAGAGCACAUUAGAAGUCAACCUACGUACGCAAGAGUUCAUAGAAUUGAUCCGAUGUGAUUUCCGUGUGGAGGCAGUCAGGCAUGCUAGAAAAUACUUUGGUUCUCUUGAUGGUGAACAGAUUAAGAAGAUAAUGGUUCUUCUGGCGUUUCCUUCUAAUCCAAACAUAUCAGAAUAUAAAGAACUGUUCGAUGACCUACGAUGGCAAAAACUAGUUAGUCAGUUCCGUGAGGAGAACUAUAAGCUCUUCCAGUUCAACACAACACCAGUACUAACGUUGACACUAGAGGCUGGUCUGGCAGCAAUGAAAACACCACAAUGCUACACAGACCAUGCUAAGAAUGCUGAUUGCCCUGUAUGUAGCAAGAACUUGAAUGAAUUAGCUAAGAGCUUACCAUUUGCUCACUGUGCACAAUCAAGACUAGUCUGUUCAAUAUCAGGUCAAGUAAUGAAUGAACAUAACCCACCUAUGAUGCUACCAAAUGGCUAUGUUUAUGGUGAAAAGUCACUCCUGACCUUUGCUGCUGAAAACAACGGUCGAAUUAUAUGUCCCAAGACCAAGAAAGUCUAUUCCAUGGAUGAACUGGAGAAAGUAUUUAUCAUGUAAACACAUCUCCUGGCUGACAGAGUUAGAUAGAUAGGUCGCUAUUUUGUGUCCCCGUUUAUUAUUGCCAAGGCUGCAUUUUGUAUUUUAAAAAGUCUUGGUACAGAGAUAAGUAUUUUUAUUGCAAGGUUAUAAAAGAUUUGUGGUCAUGUGACAGAAGUUAUGGGGCUGAGAGUAUCCACAGAGUUUGUUCAAUGUGCUAGAUUAAACCUUGUUAUGCUAUGGUGAGACAAGCUCAGCAACAUUUUUCUUAGUGUUCAGAUACGAUGAGACACAACACUUUUGGGCAUUACAUUCUUCAUGUCCUGUAGCUGCGCUUGACAAACUCAUGAUAUCACAAUCCUUUUUGUCUUGAUGCCACAAGCCUUGUUUAAUAUUAUAACAAGAUAUUUACAAUGCCAUGAGUAUUUUUUUAUGUCUUCAAUUUGUAAGGAAAAGCUGCAUAACUUUAGGAAACAUGAGUGAUGCUGAGAUAAACAAUAUUAGGGUUGCUCUGCGAUAAAACGAUGUUGCAUAGGCAAGAUAUUUCUUAUAACCAAUUGACUUUGUACACAAUACUGCUGAAGUUUGUUGCUGAGCUUUGUCACACCAUGGCAUCAUUUCAUGAAGACUUGUUAUAAUAACAAAUGCAUAAAUUUACCAUCAGCCAAUCAGACUAGAUGAUUUCAGUAGCUUUUAACUGUUAUUGCAAUUAACAAGGUUUAUGAAACUGGCCCUAAUGUGUGAAUGAGGCUUAUUACAGUUAUGCUAAGUGUAUUUGUAUGAAAAAUACUUCACUGUGGUUGGGACUAAAGAACAAAGAAGCUAGUCUUCAGGCUUUUUCCUGAUUUUAGGCCCUGAUAAUACCAUUUCAGGGGAGUGUUUCAUCAACAUUUUCAUCUGACAAGUUGUCAGAUCUGACAUCUUUCUCUGAUGUUGAUUGGCUG